UGGAAACAAACCCGACCCACUUUUUGAUCCUCCUCUACCUAGAGAAAAAGGGUUGAGUAAGAAAGAACAAUCUCAUUCUGUCUGCUUCAAUCACUCGAAGAUGUCUCUUUGAACUUCCAACGAGAUCUGUUCCACUUUAUACAUCAAUCACUACACAACUUACACAGUUUCAAGAUGAAUCUGUUCAGGCUUGCAGGGGACAUGACUCAUCUGGCCAGUGUCCUCGUCUUGCUCCUCAAGAUCCACACCAUUAAAUCCUGUGCAGGGGUUUCAUUGAAGACUCAGGAGCUAUAUGCACUGGUUUUUGCUACUCGCUAUUUAGAUAUAUUUACAGAUUUCAUUUCAGUAUAUAAUACUGUAAUGAAGUUAAUAUUUCUGGGUAGUUCUUUCUCUAUUGUAUGGUAUAUAAGGCGCCACAGGAUUGUUCGAAGAUCAUAUGAUAAAGAUCAAGACACCUUUCGACAUUAUUUUCUAGUGCUUCCUUGUUUGCUUUUAGCUCUACUUAUUCAUGAAAGGUUCACUUUCAAAGAGGUAAUGUGGACAUUCUCUUUAUACUUGGAAGCUGUUGCUAUACUUCCUCAGUUGGUUUUGCUGCAAAGAACCAAAAAUAUUGACAAUUUGACCGGUCAAUAUGUAUUUCUCCUAGGAGCAUACCGUUCAUUGUACAUUUUGAACUGGAUCUACCGUUAUUUCACCGAGCCUCAUUAUGUCCAUUGGAUCACUUGGAUAGCAGGGCUAGUCCAAACAUUGCUCUAUGCUGAUUUCUUCUACUACUACUUUGAAAGUUGGAAGAAUAAUGUAAAGCUCCAAUUACCAGCUUGAGGCUUGUCUUAUAUAGUAUGCACCAGUUGGUAGUUGAAAGAAUCAUACUUUUGUUAUAUACUUUUACAAAGAUAAUGUUGGUCAUAACUUGGAUAACAAGUGAUGAAUGUACUGAAGCUAUUAAGUGUACAUUGUUUUUUUUUUUCUCAAAAA